AUAAACAAAUUGUCAAAGAGCUAACGUUACGGUGAGAAGUACGCUAACGCUACUCCAUUUUAACAACAGUAUUUCCACUUACUCUAAGCCUAAAGUUGGGAUGUUAGGACCAUGGCAGUAAUUACUCCUCUUGCGUCGGACUUUCCGAUAGUUUCAGAGAUGGCAGCAUCAUGUCGAGGAGGGAAAAAUACGUCUAUGAGUGAAAAAUGGAGAGCUGUCCCGGUCCGCUGAGCUGAAAAUGGGAGCAAGGGCUUCAGUAUCGCUCUGUAGCGACCAGUCUUCGGUGAGAAUCCUGAGGCCCAGUGCUAAGGUCAGCCCAGAACUCACUUCUCCCACCCUGGUUUCAGAACACGAACUGGCCAUCAGGUGUGUGUUUGGUGUUGACUUGGAAAUAAUGAGAGAGGAAGGACAGAUGGUCUGUGGAAUACCUCUUGUGCUAAGAGACAUGGUGGAGUUCCUGGAUAAGAAUGGAAUGCACCACAGAGGUCUGUUCCGUCUGUGUAGCUCAGUGGCUCGGACCAGGCAGUUGAGGCAACGUUGGGACUGUGGAGAGAGGGUGGACCUGGAGCGUGAAGGAGAUGUACCCACUGUGGCCUCGCUCCUCAAACUCUUCCUUCGGGAGCUGCCCACCCCCAUAGUUCCUGAACCCCAGCGCAAACAGCUAGUUCAGAGCCUUACAGGACAAGCGGACAAGGCAGAGAUGAACCAGUCGCUGAAAGAAAAUCUUCUCCACCUCCCUGCUGACAACCUCAUCAUUUUGUCUUACCUCAUCCACUUUCUGUCCAGAGUGGCUGCUCACAGCCAGUCAAAUCACAUGCCCGUGGAAAAUCUGGCAACUAUUUUUGGGCCUUGUAUAUUCCAUGUUCCAGCAGGACCCAGGAUGCUAGAGGAGCAGAGUGUGUGUAAUGGCCUGUUACUCCAUCUUCUCCUUCAUCAGAAGGUUCUGCUCCCAAUCCCAGCCAGGAACCCAGCGGCUUCCUCCUCACCCCCUCCUCCUACUCUCUCUGCUCUUUCAUACUUUGAGGUCCAACCUGGCAGCUGUCACUCGGAGCAGAGUAGCCUGGACAGGUUGGAAGGAGAGACCACCUCAGUCUCAGUGACCAGUGCUUUUGACCAAGCAAAACGGAUGCAAUCUCAACUCGGCAGUCCUGACACACUGGUGCAGGGUUGUGAAACCAAGUCUGACGUCAGCGCUGACAUUCAGAAGCUGAUUCCAGACCAGAUGGCUUCGGAGGAGAAAGGUGAAAGUAUGGAGGCAGGCCGUGAGCUCUCCUGCUCUGCUGACCCAGGGCCAGAGCAGCAUCUGCACCAGAAUGGACCAUCUCAAAAGGUCCAAGAGGAGCCACCAGAAUUGGUGUGUAAGACACAUGGGAUGUUUUCAGAGAUGUCAUCGUUCACCUCCAUAUCAGAGAAGGAGGAAACAGAAGUAGAUGAGGUAGAGGACAGAAGGACUCCUUCCUCACCCAUCCAAGAUGACUGUUCAAUGGCUUCCACAGAUGCAAGGCAGACAUCAUCUAUUUCAGACUGCUGCAUAGCGAAUGAUUCACAUACAAAAACCCAAAUGCAGAGUCGGCACACAGAAAGUCUGCAGUGCUGCAUAGGGAACAAGACAGAAGACAAAACCAAAGUGUCUAAAUGGAAGGGGAGAGGAGGAGGAGGACGAGGAGGAGGAUGUAGCGGUUCUCCUGACAGACACAAUGAUUGCAGAGGCAGGAACAACAGCUAUGACAGCCCCUCCCUCAAGCUACAAGCCCUGGAGGCUGACUUGGGACCCCCGCCAGCACCAGUGGACCCCCAAGUUCAGGACAACCGACCUGCCCAGCAACAGCCUCUUUCUACUGAGGAGCAGAGCCAGUAUUUACCCCACAAGCUGCUCCUGCACUCACCACCGUCAUCACCUGCUCAGGAUAAAUACACAGUCGACUCAUCACAGCCUGCACACACCCCAUCUCCUCAUUCACCAGAGUCCAAUCCCGUCCUCUCUGCUCCCGCUCUCUCUAAGGAUAUUUCAGGAGAUGAUAUCCUGUCGAGCCCAACAGGCCCUAACACCAGCCCGCUACUCUCUCGUUUUACGACGACCGACUGCCCCGUUCCCUCGCCGCGCUGCCCCAACCUCAGCCACAGCCUGCGCUACAACUCAGACCCUGACACAGCCCCUUCUCCACCAUGUUCACAGCACAUACGCAUGGCUCGCUGCAGCAUCCAUACAGAGCCAGACGAGGGCUCUGUGUCCAUCUCAAUGCUCAACAGACACAUCCACACCCUGAGGAAGAGGAUCAGACAUUUUGAGGAGCGUUUUGAACAGGAGAAGCACUAUAAGCCGGCCCAUAAUGACAAGACUGCCCAUCCAGAGGUGGCCAGACUGAUGAAGGAGCUCAUCAAGAGUCGCAAGCAGCUUAAAGAGCUAAAGCUGAGGCAAUCAGAAGGCGGCGGGCUGAGGGGGCAGGUGGGUUUCAACCCACCAGCUGAAACAUGCAGGACCAAUACAGACCAGAGGGAGGCAGCACCAACAGGAACUGAACUGCAGCAACUUAACAACAACAGUAAUGCCAGGCCAAACGUGGAGGAAACAGUCAACAUUAUAACCAACAGACUGAAGGAAAAACGGCGAGAGCUGGACCUGCCUGACAGCAUUAAGGAGAUGUCCCAUUACCAGAUGACUAUGGAGAAGACUAGUAUGCAGAAGUGUUUGCUCUACUUUGAAAGUCUACACGGCCGACCGAGUACCAGGCAGGAGCGAACUCUGAUGAAACCUUUUUAUGAUCGGUAUCGUCUUCUCAAGCAGCUGCUGCAUUUUUCUGCUGCCUCAACAGUCAUUACGACCAUUGAAGAAGAGGAGGGCUCUGAUGAAGGGCGUCCCAAACAGCAAAGCCCCAGGCAGCAGCCACUUUGGCAGAAACCUCCUAGGUGUGUGUCCUUAGAGGAGUCAUUGCAUCUGCCUUCCCUAGAAAUGACUGAAACACCUCUAGUGUCCCCGCUGGAGGAGGUGAAAGGUCUCCAGCCACAGAUCAUCACCAUGGCAACAUUACAUGAAGCUUCCAGACAAGAAUUACUGGAUCACCUCAGGACGGCUCGAUUAGAGAAGCGGAGACUUCACCAAACACUCCGAGAGUUUGAGGACCAUUUCUACAGGCAGACUGGCAGGGCUUGUCAGAAAGAGGACCGUGGACCAAUGGCGGAGGAGUACUGCCAGUAUAAGAACCUCAAAGCAAAGCUCCGUCUACUGGAGGCCCUGCUCAGUAAACAACAGGACUCAACCAAGACCAGUUGAGUUAACUCACAGUGGGACUUUUAUCCAACUUAACAGGAUCAUAUCUGAAAAAUCAGGUUGGCAAGCCGGUGGGUCUGGUCUUUUUUUCAUGCCAUGCUCAUUAUGUUGAUGCACUUUACAUGAGGAAAACAAUGAUGGAAAUUGGUGACAAUCUGAAUGAAAUGCUGGGCAACUGCAGUUUUUUUUUUUUUUUAAAGUCCCAAAAACACAUCCUUUGUCAUUCAUGACGCAUCUUAUUAUAAACCUGAUGUAGCAAGUGUAUGUUAUGUAGCACUAAUCUGUGUCAGAGAUGAAAAGCUGUAACAACUUGAUGUUAGUUACAUAUUAGUAAUUUUAAGAUUACUGUACGUAUAUUAUGGCACUUGGCUUUUUUUUGUUUCUUGCCAAAACACUAUUUUUGGACAGUUUUGUCCAGAGUUAAUGUGAAAACUGCAUUUUUAAAAA